CACGGGCGGCUGGCGAGCGCGGGCGGGCCCUCCCCGAGGAGGCGAGGCCGCGCCGCGCGGGCGGCCAUGGAGCGCGACUAGGGCCGGCGGGGCAGGCAGGAAUCCUAGGAGAUGCUUCAGUGAUGGGAUGGACUAGUUCAAAUGUUAAUCAUGAACUCCUCACAUUAGCUGCCACUUGCUCACCCUGACCAAAGAGAGAGCCAGGGCUGAGGGAGAAGGGAAGGCGGCCGCCAUGAAGCUGAAACAGCGGGCUGUCCUACUGGUCAUCCUCAUCAUCAUCUUUAUCUUUACAAAAGUUUUCCUUAUAGACAACUUGGACACUUCAGCUGCCAAUCGUGAGGACCAGCGGGCCUUUCACCGAAUGAUGGCCAGCCUGCGGGUGGAGCUGGAUCCCCGCCUGGAGCAUACAUUGCAGUCUCCUUGGGAGAUUGCUGCUCAGUGGGUAGUUCCCCGGGAAGUGUACCCAGAAGAGACCCCAGAGCUGGGGGCCAUCAUGCAUGCCAUGGCCACCAAGAAGAUCAUUAAGGCUGAUGUGGGUUACAAGGGGACUCAGCUUAAAGCCUUAUUGAUACUUGAAGGGGGGCAAAAAGUUGUCUUCAAACCUAAGCGGUAUAGCCGAGACUAUGUGGUCGAAGGUGAGCCAUAUGCUGGUUAUGACAGGCACAAUGCAGAAGUUGCAGCCUUUCACUUGGACAGAAUCUUAGGUUUCCGCCGAGCCCCCUUAGUGGUUGGGAGAUUUGUGAAUCUUCGAACUGAGAUCAAGCCUAUUGCUACAGAGCAGCUACUGAGCACGUUCCUAACUCUUGGUAACAACACUUGCUUUUACGGGAAGUGUUAUUAUUGCCGAGAAACAGAGCCCGCCUGUGCGGAUGGAGACCUAAUGGAGGGCUCUGUUACCCUGUGGCUUCCAGAUGUCUGGCCUCUGCAGAAGCACCGACACCCAUGGGGCAGGACUUACAGGGAGGGGAAGCUUGCCAGGUGGGAGUACGAUGAUAGCUACUGUGAUGCUGUGAAGAAGACAUCUCCCUAUGACUCUGGUCCCCGGCUCCUGGAUAUUGUGGACACUGCUGUCUUUGAUUAUCUGAUCGGCAACGCUGACCGUCAUCAUUACGAGAGCUUUCAGGAUGAUGAGGGCGCUAGCAUGCUUAUUCUCUUGGAUAAUGCCAAAAGCUUUGGAAACCCUACGCUGGAUGAGAGAAGCAUCCUCGCCCCUCUCUACCAGUGUUGCAUAAUUCGAGUCUCCACCUGGAACAGGCUAAACUACCUAAAGAAUGGUGUGCUGAAGUCUGCCUUAAAAUCGGCUAUGGCUCACGACCCCAUCUCCCCUGUGCUCUCGGACUCCCACCUGGACGCUAUGGACCAGCGGCUCCUCAGUAUCCUGGCCACCGUAAAGCAGUGCACCGACCAGUUUGGGACAGAUACUGUGCUGGUGGAGGACAGGAUGACUCUCUCCCACUUGUAACUUUGGUGGAAAACAAUACAAACUUCUUUUUACAAAUGAUAGAGAAACAGCACAAUUGAUUCCAAAUGGAUUCAUGGGAAAAGACUGAAAACAGCAAGCAGAGCUCUCUGGUUGUAGGGAAUGGGCUGCCUUUGGGUAUCUGGUAUUUUUCCCUAUGAGAAGCUAAAGCACUGACCAAAAGCUUUAGACCAUUGAGAGUCCCUGCACAGCUUCCUGCCAUCUUUGGCACUGUUCUUUUUUGAUGUGCCCAUUUCUAGUCAUGGGCAUCACACUGGGAAAAGCUUGAUGUCCAGUUGCAGAGGAUUAUUGAAGCAUGGAAUUUGAAUGUGAAUACCAGAAUGGCUCUGGAGUGUGUGCGUGCGUGUGCGUGUGUUUCAGUUGAACCUUAUGGUCCUUCUUCCAUCCUUUGCCCUCUGUGCCCGCUCUACCCCCUACUUAUCAUCUAAAGAGACUUAAACCAAUUUCAGGUGCAGUUUAUGCAGCUUCGUUCUCAUUGGAGAAGGUACUUUCCACCUCUUGAAGAGGUGGUAGUGGUGGUAAGUAAAACCAUCACUAAGCAAAAAUAGCAUAUACCUUCGGAGGAUUUAUCUCUGGAGGGUCUCACUCUGCCCUUUAAAAAACAGGAGCAGCAGCAAACCCUGUGGAGUUGCAAGGAAGGGCUAGAGUGAAUCUGCCCUCAGAGUAGAAGCAGGAAGUGUGCCCUCCUUUAUAGGCAGGUUAGGUUCCUAUGUAUUCAUGAUUCCUGGGAGAAACAUUCCAUUGAAUAUUGCAAGAAGUGUAAAAGUAUCUAACCCCAGGAUAAAAUUGGUCUCUGAAGCAAACCUUCUUGGACUUUCUAAUGCAUCCUGAGCAUAGACUUAACUUUGCUCCAAGCAGGCAAAUGUCUUCCUGGUGAGCAGGGCUGAGUACACAAAAGCCCUGGAGAGAAAAGAGUAGGGUGGGCUGGGGCCCUUGUGUCAUGUUGUCUCUGAAUCUGAAAGAGAACAGUCAUGUUGUGUUGUAGGAGGGGGACUGCCAUUGAGGAAUGGCUUGGAUCAGAGGUCCUCAGAAAGUCUGGGAUUCCUCCGCCUUCUCCUGGGCUCCUCUUUACCUCUGCCUUUAAGGCUUUGCACCACGAAGGAUCCAGAAUUAUUUAGGCUUCUGGGUGCUUCAGGGGAGAGCACUCCAGAGGCUGCCUCGUUGGUGAGAAAAAACUAGCUCUCUUCUAGAAAUGGUGGUGAUUACUUUUCUGACAACUGGACUUUGCAGAUGAUUUGUGAUUGGGGCCCAUAUAAGAGACUAGGAAGAAUUUGCGAUGGCUUUCUGAGCCUUUAAAUUGGAUUUAGUAUUGCCACAUGUAGCUUUUAAGCCUUGCUCAUUUCAUAUUUCCACCUCACCCUUUCUUCUCUUCUUAUGUCCUGAACCUACAUUGUAAUAUUCUGGCUAUGUUUCCAUAGCUCCAGAUUCUGUGGCACUUAAGAUUGUUGUAACCAAGGUCUGUGUUUGCAUUCUGAAAAAAAUGCCCUGGAUGUGUGCGGUAAGCAGGUCUGAUGGACUCUCACCCCACAAAUAAGCUUGGUGCCAACUUGUCUGGGUAUGUGUGUGUAUCACUCAUAUUUCAUCUGCUUCUAGUCCUUAUUCCUUUUCUAGGUUUAUACUUCCCUUGUUUAGAGACUACUAUUUAUAUGAUAUAAUUGAACAUGUUUGAUCCCAGCCAUUGGGAGUCAGGUUAAAGCAGUCAGAGUCUUGAAACCGAUUUAGGAGAUCUGAGGCCCAGUUUUCUGGAUUUGAGAAAUAAUAUUGAGUAACCCUUUGGUAAUAUCAUGGGCACGAGGCAUUUUUUUUAAUAGCUUGUACGCAUCAUCUGAGACCAGGAUGAGAAUGGGCUGUUAAGAAAAAGGGAUCUUGACAUGCGAAGAGAAGGAAAAUGCUUGCACAAAAUGCUAUCAUUGUGUCAAAGGGAGAAGACGCCUAUUCCAGUUUCAAGAUUGUUUACUCUGUGUAUCCAGGAACAUUCUCACUUAGGCUGAGAGUCACUUGGAUAGCACCUAUCCUAAAAUCUCUGGGAGAUAGCUGCAGAGAUAUAGUUGAAUCUCAAGACUAUUAGCUUUGCUCUCUGUGACAAAUGCUACUUUCAUGCUAUACAGACACAAAUGAAUAAAAGAAGAUUAUGUGGUCACAUCCUUCCAGAAAUCCCUCUUGCGUUUAUGAGGUCAAACUGAAAAGAGUGAAAACUUCUGAAAACUUGGGAAUUUCAUUCUGGUGGUUGAAAGUAAAUUAUUCUGUUAAAGGAAGAAGAUAGAAAAUAGAAGUGGCUUGGUUAAAAUGGGCCUUUUUUUUUCUUCAAACAUCAAUUCGUUUCCUCAUUACAACAAAUUUAUUGUUUCAUUUUCUGUUUCUCACCAAGCACAAAUCCAUGGACCUUGAGACUCAGAACCAGAAUAGUCGUUGAAGUUAGAGCUUUAUUGCUAGAAUUAGGUUUAUCUACCAUUGGUGUGCAGAAUAUGGCCUCUGUUAGGAUUGAAUGGAAUUGGGGAAGGGUUUAGAAGAUUCUAAAUGAGAAUCUUCUAAAUAAGGCAGUGAUUCUAAAUGUCACACACGCCAAAUUCACCUUAAAGUAUGAGAUACCUACUUAAUAGUAAUAUUAAAAUGCCUUUGGGCUCUGGACUGUUUCAUUAGGAUUCUGAGCUCCUUAUAAUCAGGGUGUAUUUAAUUCAGCCAUCAGAUGGUCCUUAGUGUCAGGGUUGCUGAUGGCAGCCCAAGCGUGCAUUUGAAAUAAGAAUCCAAAGCUAAGUGGACCUUGAAGUAUUUAGAGUAGACCCAUUCUAUUUUGACCACACAAAGUAAGGUCUUAGGUUUAAAAGAUUGUUUCCUGAUUCUUGCUUGUCGAAACCUCAAAUUUUAAGUUUAGGGAAGUGUGUUUGCAGGUUUUAUUCUAAACCUGCUUGUUAAUAUGAAGUGUUGCUUACAUUGUGAGGAGAAAAAAGUAAAUAAGUUGCCACCCAAAGGAGAUUAUGGGAUAGGAUUUUAUUUGCUCACAGAUUGUUUCCUCCCAGUGAGUCAUUCUCCUGUCUUCACACUUGAAGUUAACAUGUUGCAUGUCAAGAAUUGAAAAUGAAGAAGGGAAUGGAAGAACUGGGGACUGGACUGCUGAUUAUCUGGAGGCCAAUGCACAGUACAUUCCCCCUCCGUUUUUCCCCAUCUCCCAUAUUCUCCCAUAUACCACCAUGCUUUUGUCCACUAGUGCUUUAGAAACACUACUGAGUUACAGUACCCAAAUAAGAGAGCAUCUCCUGUGAUUUUAAGGUUUCGGAAAGUUGAUUAUGUUGGAGACGGGGACCUGGGUUAGAAAUUCAGAGGAUCAAGCUACUGGGUGACCUUUGGGAAGUCACCUUUACUUCUGUGGUAUGGAUAUAAGUUUCCUCAUAUGUAAAAUGAGAGGAUUGACUCAGGUCCCUAAAUUCCAAUUUUAAGUUUCAGAGUAUAGGCACCAGAAAAUCCCUGCAUGUCCCAGGCAUAGUCAUAGUCAACAGAACACACUUAACUUUGGCAUGGUCCAUGUUCCUGGAAGAACUGAAACUGAAGCGGGUAAAAGAUCCUUUCCAAGUCCCUGCGAAUAAGAACUAGGGGUAUGGAUACCUGACUUUUCUCUCCGAUCCUGACAGAGAACAGGGGUUAGGAGGGAAAGGAAAGAGGGCCUGCCAGUCAACUCUGCCAGAGACUGAGUGAACUGAGGCAUCAUUCAUUCAAACAAAUAGGGGUAAGGUGGAGUGGAGUGGGGUAGAGGAUAAUUUAUUGAGAAGGUAACUUUUUCACGAAUGGCAGCUUGAAAGAGAGGGCAAGAAGUCUGCUUUGAGCUCCCUGGAAGCUGUAGCUGCACAACUAAUGGUCAUUCUUGGUUUAAAAAAAAAAGAGAGAGAUGCGUGAUAGAUCCAGAAAAAUGAACCUCUCAAUUUCUACAUGUGUUCUGUUGGUUCAAGUUCUGAAUCAAGAAACGUGAAGUGAAUAAAGAUUUUAAUAAAU